UUUCCAUUAACUUUGUUCAUGACGCUGUUAGUUGGGAAAUGGUACAAUCUAUACAAAAGCAUUUUCAACGUGAUAUUGUAAAAGUACCUACUGAUGAUUGGGAUACGGUUGAAAAGAUUUUAAGAAAAGAAGUUAACGUUUAA